CCACCUGUUUGUUGUUCUAGCUAAUUAUAGAUGUUGUACUAUUACUUCAAUAGAUUAAAAUACAAUGUUGAAGUCAGUGCACUUGGUUGGUGAAGAGGAAAAUGAAGAUUUGUAUGCAGAUUUUGAACAAGAGUAUAAUCCAGCAUUUGAUACAGAGGAAUUGUAUGAAGAUGAAGGAUUCCAACAAGCCAUAAAAAGCAGUUAUGGCAAACGGCCUGGUCUCGGUACAAGUGCAGGUCGGCCACCUGGUACUGGAUUCCAAAGGAUGGGCACUUCUGCAGGACGUGGUAAAGUUCCAGGUUCUUCAAUGGGUGGAAGGCCAAUGACUGGAAUAGCAGCUGAUACAUCUCAAGCAAGACCAAUGACUGCUGUUCGUGCAGCUGGGUAUUCUACCGCUGGCGGAAGGGCACCUGGAACAUUUGAUCCAUUAAAUCAACAACGAGGACCAGCACCACCUUUGGAAAGUAAAAAUGAGGAUAGUCCUGAAGAAAAAGUACGAAUAUUAGAAAAACAAGUUAUGGAGUUAAUUGAAGAGGGUUGUUUUGCUGCUGAGAGAAAUGAUAUGCCAAUGGCCCUUGAAAAAGCAAAGGAUGCUGGGAGAAAGGAAAGGACGUUGGUGCGUCAAAGAGAUCAAGCGCAAACAACGGAACAAAUGAAUUUAGAUAUAACAUAUUCGGUUUUAUUCAACUUAGCAUUGUCAUAUCAACGUCAACAGUUAUAUCAUGAGUCAAAUAACACAUACAAUGUGAUUGUCAAGAACAAAAUGUUUAGUAAUGCUGGUCGUCUUCGUGUAAAUGUUGGAAAUUUAUUUUAUCAACAAAGAAAAUAUGCACAAGCUGUUAAAUAUUACCGAAUGGCUUUGGAUCAAAUACCUAACACGCACAAAGAUAUUAAAAAUCGAAUCAUGAAAAAUAUCGGAAUAGUUUUUGUGAAAAUGGGUCAAUAUAGUGAUGCCAUCACAACAUAUGAACAUAUCAUGGCAGAUAAACCAGAUUCUGAAACAGGAUUUAAUCUUUUGCUUUGUGCUUAUGCAAUGGGAGAUAAAGAAAAAAUGAAGAAAACAUUUCAAAAAUUAUCACAACUUUCAACGGGUGUUGAUGAUGAAGAAAAGUAUACUGCAGCCACAGAUGAUCACCAUGGUCAACUUAUUCUUGAAGCCAUAAGGGAUGAUCCGUUACGACGUUGGGAAAAACAACAGAAGGCGAAUGCUGAGAAGUGGAUCAUGAUGGCUGCUAAGCUUAUUGCGCCUGUUAUUGAGACAGAUUUUGAUGAAGGGUUCGAUUGGUGUGUUGAUGUUGUAAAGUCUUCACCAUAUCAAGAAUUAGCAAAUGAACUUGAGAUUACGCGUUCCAUAGUUUACUUGAAGAUGAAAGAUUUUACAAAGGCUACAGACACAUUAAAGAAAUUUGAAAAGAAAGAUUCAAAGAUGCAAUCACAAGCAGCUGUGAAUUUAUCUUUCUUGUAUUUCUUGGAAGGUGAGAGCACACAGUCUGAUAAACAUGCUGACAUAGCAAUAACUGCUGACCGAUACAAUCCUGCAGCAUUGGUUAAUAAAGCGAAUAAUUUAUAUAAUGUUGGUGAAUUCAACAAAGCAAGAGAAUAUUACGCAGAAGCAUUAAACAUCGAGGCAUCUUGCAUCGAGGCAUUGUAUAAUUUAGGUUUAUGUAACAAGAAAUUGGGAAAAUAUGAAGAUGCUUUAGAUUGUUUUCAUAAGUUGCAUUUAAUGUUGCCAAAUAGCAGUGAAGUAAUAUGUCAGCUGGCGUCAAUAUAUGAAAUUAACAAUAAUAACUCUGAAGCCUUAGAAUGGUAUCAUCAAUUACUAACCAUUGUUCCCUCUGAUCCAAAUAUACUAAGAAGGAUAGCUAAUCUUUAUGAACAAGAAAAUGAUAAGUCACAAGCAUUCCAAUAUAUGUAUGAGUCAUAUCGCUACUAUCCAUCCUCAAUUGACACAAUUGUAUGGUUGGGUGGAUACUACAUAGAUGCACAGUUUAUUGAGAAAGCAGUUUCAUAUUUUGAAAGAGCUGUGCAAGUUCAACCUCAAGAGGUUAGAUGGCAUCUGAUGCUGGCAACAUGCUAUCGUAAAUCAGGUAACUAUGGAAGAGCAAUGGAAACCUAUAAAGAGAUUCACAAGAAAUUUCCAGAAAAUUUAGACUGUUUGAAGUUUUUGACGAGACUCUGUCAAGAUCAAGGUUUAAUGCAAGAAGCUAAAGAGUAUGGAGCAAAGAUGGAAAAAUUCAGGAAAUCGUUGGUACAAAAGGAGCAACGUGCUCAAAGUGGUAAUCGUCGAGGUGGAAGUGGGCGUUCUCGUGUUGGCUCGGGUAAACCUGAAUCAACAUCAAAAAGAGAAGAACUGUUUUCACCUGAAAGCGAUAGUAAUCCGAUAUCACCCGAACGAAAUAACAGUGGAAGAACUCGAAAGAACGAAGUCGAUGCAACCUACGCUGAUCCUUUGGGUGACGCUCCAUCUCGUCCAAAAACAGCAGGAGGGCGUGGCAGGCAGCAAACAGAAAUCGAUGAUUUUGCAGACGAUGACAUUGGCGAUGACUUGCUACCUGAUUAAUUUUACAUAGAUUUAUUUGUCUAUUUUAGCUUUUCACUUUUUUAGUUCUGGCACGUUUCCUUUUAUUGUAGACAAAAUUAAAAUUGAAAAAGAAGGUGACUGUGUGCAUUGGAAAUAAUUAUUGCUGGCGUUGCUUCUGAAAGUCUGGUUAUCUUGCCUUGUAAAUGAUGUUUUGCUAGCCAACAAAUAUUUUAUAUGCAUUCCUGCGAACAAAGAUCCAGCAAUAUUUGAGUAUUUUUCGAUUUUUUUUAAACACUUUAAAUCUUAUGAUAUCUCUUGGCUAUUAAAUUCUAUAUCUGUGGUAUGUGCUAAUAUCAUCUUGCACUGAAAUACUACUUUUAAAUUUCUAUUACCUCUUUAUUACCUUCACUGGUGUCUAUUUUGACUUCAAAUUUUGCAUAGCCUAAAAGUAUAUGAUGAAAUUAAACAAUUUUUCUGUCGUGUUUUGUUUUGAAAAAAACUAGAAGAAAUGUGUGGAUGAUAUGUAUGUCCUUUCAUUUUAUAAUUUUAAACAAAAUGUCAUCAAAAUUCCCCCCUAAACUAAAUACUAAAGCAGAUCUGUGUUCCCUGUAUGACGCUAAGUAAGAGUUUACAAUAAAACUUAUAUUGUAUAUAAUAUAAUAAAUCUAAUGUUUUCAAAAUUUAGCUUGUGAAUUUUUCCUCAUUUUACACUUGUGUUUUUAAGUUUAUUUAUAACAUUCUCGUAUUUUUUACUUCAUACAGUUGUAGUUGCAAGAAAAAAAUCAUUAAAUGUUAUUACUCAUGUA